CGAAAAUGUCCGUAAGUUUAGCCUUAGAGUCGUUAGAGAAAGGGAGAAAGAAGACGAGAAGAUGGUGUAUUAUCCGCUCGCCGCCGCCGUGCGCUGCCACUGCCCGCCCCUCCUCCUCCCCCGCCGCGCCCCGCCGGCGACGGCGGCCACCCCACUCCGUAGCCGCCCCCUCCAGCUCCGUCCCCUCACAUCCUCGCCCGGACUGCGGACCCGUGGCCGCCGCCACGCCGUCGACCCCGAGGACGACGGCGGGGAAGACGACGGCUUCCUCACCCUCGACCUGGAGGACUUCGAGGGGUUCGCCGACGCCGACGAGGAGGCGGAGGGGCCGUCGCCGUGGGAGGGGGCCGUGGUGUACCGGCGCGACGCGGCGGCGCAGCACGUCGAGUAUGCCACCACCCUGGAGCGUCUCGGCCUGGCCGACCUCUCGUCCCCGCACUCCCGCGCGCGCGCCGCCGCCAUGGGCAUAAUGCCCCCCUCCAAGCCGCGGCCCGGCGCCGGGGAGGCCGCGACGACGCCCGUGCUCGUCUCCGUCGACGUCGCCCGGCGCCGCGGCAGGCUCCGGCUCGACGGCAUCCUGCGCACCGUCAUCACCCUCGGCUGCUACCGGUGUGCUGAGCCAGCUGCCGAAGGCGUAUUCGCGAAUUUCUCUCUCCUGCUGACAGAAGACCCGGUGGAGGAACCCGACGUGGUCGACCUCGGCACCAUAUACGAAGAAGACAGAACCAAAUUCCCUUCAAUAACUGGCAGCGAGGACGAGAACGAUGAAGAUAUAGACUGGGAUGACCGCCUGCAUUUCCCGGCCGGGGAGAAGGAGAUCGACAUCUCGAAGAACCUUCGGGACAUCAUCCACCUGGAGAUAACGCUGGAUGUCUUCUGCAGCAGCACCUGCAAGGGCCUGUGCCUCGUCUGCGGCGCAAACCUCAACACGAGUAGCUGCAGCUGCAGCAUGGAGGAGCCGCAGGCCAAGGACGCCAGGCGUCCGGGAACCCUCAAAGACCUGCUGAAGCCUAUGCAGAGAAGAUUAUGAUGAGGCAGACAGUGCAGAUGUAGGUAUCUUGUAACCUGUGUGAUAGUCUUUAGGAUUGCCAUGAGCAAGAUAUGCAGCCCGGUGAAAAUGCAAAUACUUGAUGGUGGCGAUAGAGGGGAACUAGACCUGCGACAUUUGAGUCGCAUCUCAUGCUUCGCUGCACCGACGGUGCAAAUCUCUUUGGCAGUUCCUCAGAAGUUCAUGAUUAUCAUUUGUAUUGCCUCAUCUUACUGUCUGAAAGUAGAAGCCCGCAAUGCAAUGCUAGGAUAUAAUGUUGUACCGCAAAACCUGAAAUGAUAUGUACAUUUAUCACUGGUUAA